AUGUCGACCUUCUCGAACGAGUCGUUCUCAAAGCUGGCGUCGAUUUCCACGCACAGACUCUCAGGCUUCUCGUGGGUUUGGUCCUACUACCUGCUUCCGGCGAUUGUGGCCUAUCCUUUCCUCUGCUCAGCACUUCGGUUCCGCCGACUAAAGGCCCUCCAGGCCAAGUACAAAUAUGGCACGCCUGAAUAUCCAUCCUAUGAGGGAAUGACCGUCAAGGAAGCCCAUGAUAUUCUCAAGUCUGUGAGCGACCUGGAAUUCCCGUCCUUGUUUGAGAAGGGGCUGCAGUUUGCUCUUUUCCGCACGUACGGCAUUCCCACCAUCAGCGAGCUCUUGGUCAAGACAACCCAACUCUCGGCGGAGAAGAAUGUGCCCAAGCGAUAUGCCGACACUGGGGUGUUGCUUGGCGACAUGUACGGUGGCGAACCUGAAAGCGACAGAUGCAUUGAGGGUUACGCCAGAUUGAAUUACUUGCACGGGCACUACAUCAAACAGGGCAAAAUCAGCAAUGACGAUAUGCUGUAUACACUGUCGCUAUUUCUCAACCAGCCUGUGGAAUGGAUCAACAAGUACGAGUGGAGGCAACUCACCGACCUGGAAAUUUGCGCCAUGGGCGUUUUCCACAAAGCUAUGGGCGAUGGGAUGGAAAUCUCUUUCGAGAAACUUCCGUCGUACUCGACGGGAUGGAAAGACGGGCUGCACUUCUACCGGGAGCUGGAUACCUGGGCCAAGCAAUAUGAGAAGGCCUGCAUGGUACCUCACCAAAAGAACUACGACACGGCAGUCCAGACCCGACAGUUGCUGCUGAGCAUGUACCCUCCCUUCAUGAAGGAUGUCCUUAGCAAGGUUGUGAGCGCUCCCUUGGACGAUAGGCUGAGGGAAGCCAUCAUGUUCGAAGAGGCACCAGCAUCAUACCGAUCAUUCUUCAACGGCUUCAUGGAGUUGAGACGUUUCUUCCUGAGAUAUCUUGCUUUACCCAAACCCACAUUCAUGGCCAAGCAGAUAAUGACCAAAGAACCUGAUGCCAAGGGCAGAAGAUACUAUGUUGCGUGGGACACAGCACCUGUUUAUGUCAAGCCCACUUUGUGGAAUCGAUGGGGUCCCGGGGCAAUAGUUCAUCUGCUGCUUGGGAUUCCCCGUCCAGGAGACCCAGGCACGUAUCCUGAAGGCUUCGAAAUCAACAGCACGGGGCCAUCUGUGUUCGUCGGCAAGGGAUCGAAAGAAAUGGCGAUGACCAGGGAGAGACUGAAGAAGGAGAGGACAGGCGGUUGUCCGUUUGCAGUCCGUCGAGCUUGA